UUUUUUUUUUCCUCCCACUAUUCAUUUGUAACCAGCGAUGGCUUCCCACGAACUAAACCAGCCAAUCCCUAAGAAACCCAUUACCAUCAAUGGACAACAUCUCAACGGAGAUGCUCUCAACCGUACAACCGCUUCACUUUCAGGCGCUUCAACUCCUGCCUCAACCUCUAGUCCAGGCCCUGUCUCCGCUGAUUUCUAUUUUGCAACCCACGCUCCACCAAAGUUCUUGGCUGAGAAUGCAGAGAAGAUCCACACCUUCGUUGACAGACAUAUGCAUGAAGGUCGUAGAGUUGUUCUUGUUACUAGCGGAGGAACGACUGUGCCUUUGGAGACUCAAACAGUUCGAUUCAUUGACAACUUCAGUGCUGGAACUCGUGGCGCCACAUCAGCAGAAUACUUUUUGGAAGAAGGAUAUGCCGUGAUCUUUAUGCAUCGCCAAUUCAGUCUUCAGCCUUACUCGCGUCACUAUAGCCAUUCUAAAAACUGCUUCUUGGAGUUUAUGGAAGCGGAUGAUAAAGGCAUUCAUGUCAUGCCUGCCUAUGUCGACCAAAUGAGAUCCGUCCUUCAAAAAUAUCGCGAGACUCAACGUGCAGGAACAUUGUUGACUUUGGACUUUGUUACUGUGAACGACUAUCUUUUCCUUCUUCGCACCGCAGCACAGAUCAUUUCCAAGAUGGACGUUAAUGCCAUGUACUACCUUGCAGCAGCUGUGUCUGAUUUCUUUAUCCCUGCAGACAAGAUGUCUGAACAUAAGAUUCAAUCCGGCGAUGGACUCUUGAACUUAUCCAUGGAUCAAGUACCCAAGAUCUUGAAGCCUUUAGUGAAUGAUUGGACACCCAAGGCGUUCAUCGUCUCAUUCAAACUAGAGACCGAUGAAGCAUUGUUGCCAUCCAAAUCUCGUCAGGCCUUGCGACGUUAUGGACACCAGAUCGUGAUUGGUAACAUCUUGACGACGCGAAAGAGAGUAGUCAAGUUGAUUACAAAUGAAGACGAGACAGAGAUUCGACUGACACCUGAAGAGGAUGAGGUUCAACAUAUUGAGAUUGAGAGCAGAAUUGUUCCAGAGUUAAUUAAAAGACAUAGUGAAUGGAUCGAGGCUUGUGGCCUUCGUGGAGAAUGCGGAAUCCGGAACAGGACCACGACUGCCGCUCAUUAAAGAGCGUGCACAGACACACAUAUACGCAAAUACAUAACCCUUUGUCUAUAACCUUUGUCUAUAACCCUUUGUCUUUCCCUAAAAUGGAU